CUGUAGACUAAUUUUUUUCUUAAUGCAGGUUUUUGUUGAAAUACCAUAUGUAUUCAUCCAAACUACAUACUAUUCUCUUAUAGUAUAUUCUAUGGUGAGCUUCCAAUGGACAUUGGCUAAGUUCUUCUGGUUCUUCUUCAUCACCUUCUUCUCCUUUCUCUACUUCACAUACUACGGAAUGAUGACUGUUUCAAUUACGCCAAAUCAAGAAGCUGCAGCUAUCUUUGCUGCCGCAUUUUUUGCUCUCUUCACCCUUUUUUCUGGAUUUUUCAUCCCCAAACCAAGAAUUCCCAAGUGGUGGAUAUGGUACUACUAUAUUUGCCCGGUGGCGUGGACUGUGUAUGGAUUAAUUGUGACACAGUACGGUGAUAUUGAAGACACUAUAAAGGUGAACGGAAUAGAGCCAGACCCGAGCAUCAAAUGGUAUGUGCAAAACCAUUUUGGGUAUGAUCUCAACUUCAUGGGUCCAACCGCUGCAAUCUUGGUGGCAUUUUGUGCCUUUUUUGCGCUGGUUUUUGCCUUCUGUAUCAAGAAACUCAACUUCCAAACUAGAUAGUUGAAGAAGAAAGUCCUACACUCUUCCGAUUUAUGUUGAUUUUGGGCUUGGGUUUGGUCUUUUUUGGGCUUUGAAUAGGUUAGGUUAGGUUACGUGAAGCCCAGUCAGAGCUCCCGGUUGUGAUGUGAGAAGAACAUGUCGGCUUACACGUGGGGCCCAAUUAACAAGGGUAGACAGAAGUCUCGUGCACCGAAUUUCGAUAGAGAACCACAAAAGACAUUAUUCCUGUCUUUCUGACUCUCUCCUUCCCUUCUCUCAGCAACGUGUCCUGGCGUCCCCUUGAAAUUACCAGUUUGCCAUUAUUUAUUCAGUCAUAUAUCACACCCCGCUCAGCUCUACCCAAAAACAAUUGAAUGUUAUUCUAUUUUUAAUCCCAUUUUAAAUUUCGUAACUCAUGUAAUUUAAUUUAAUAUAGUUUGAUUGAAAUUUAUUAAAUCAUUUGGCUGUGUCAA